AUGGACAAGGAAUGUCCGCAUUGUCAUGCUCUGAAAUUCAAAAAUGAGCCAGCUGGGAUGUGUUGCGCGUCAGGAAAAGUGCAACUACCUGAAAUUGAAACACCACCUAAACCAUUGAAUGGCUUACUUAUCGGCACGGAUCCAGAUUCUAACGUGUUCCUGAAGUCAAUUCGAAGAUUCUAUUCAUGCUUUCAAAUGACAUCGUUCGGAGCAACAGAAAUAGUUCGAAAUACUAAUGCAAAUGGUCAACAAUUCAAUUCUACAUUCAAAAUCAGAGGCCAAGUUUAUCAUAAAAUAGGCUCACUGCUGCCAAUGCCAAACGAACCACAUAAAUUCUUACAAAUCUACUUUAUGGGCGGCGAGGAUUCCGGAAGCGCACUUGCCAAUCGCGUGAAUGCACGUUGUGAUUAUAAUAACCUUGAUUUAUUUUAUGCCAGGCGCAUCGUCAGCGAGCUAGAUACUCUUUUGAACGAGCACAACGAGUUGUUGAAAAUAUUCAAAUCACAUAUGCACCAAUUACAAAGCGAUAAUCACGCUAUCGUCAUUAAUCCUGAUAAAACACCAGCUGGAGAGCAUAUUCGUAGAUUCAAUGCACCCGUUGUUGAUGAUGUUGCUGGAAUCAUGGUUGGCAAUUGUACAGCUGCACGAGAAAUUGUGAUUCGUAGAAGAAAUAAUAAUCUUCAGUUCAUUGCUGACACACAUCGUUCAUAUGACGCUCUCCAAUAUCCGCUAAUAUUCUGGAAGGGACAAUACGGAUAUUGCAUAAACAUAAAACAACGAGAUCCCGUAUCAGGAGCUGAAACAAACAAGAACGUUAGCUCAAAAGAUUAUUAUUCGUACCGAUUAAUGAUUAGACGUGGCCUGGACAACGUCAUUUUACGAUGUCGUGAGCUUUGUCAACAAUUCAUGGUCGACAUGUACGCGAAGAUUGAGAGCGAACGACUACGAUACUUACGAUAUAAUCAACAAAAGCUUCGCGCGGAAGAGUACAUUCAUUUGCGAGACGCUAUCAACAACAACGCCGACGUCGCCGAAAUUGGUAACCAUGUCAUUUUACCAUCAUCGUACGUAGGCAGUCCACGUCAUAUGCAAGAAUAUAUACAGGAUGCUCUGACUUUCGUGCGCGAAUAUGGACGACCAUGUUUAUUUAUCACGUUCACAUGUAAUCCAAAAUGGCCAGAGAUUACAUCUUUGCUACUGCCUGGCCAAAAUGCAUUACAUCGCCAUGACAUUACAGCACGUGUGUUCAGACAAAAGUUGAAGUCUUUAAUAAGUUUCAUUACUAAAUCACAUGUAUUCGAUCCCACACGUUGCUGGAUGUAUUCGGUUGAGUGGCAAAAGCGAGGAUUACCUCAUGCUCACAUUUUGGUUUGGUUCAUCGACAAAAUCCGUCUUGAAGAAAUCGAUAGUAUCAUUUCUGCGGAAAUUCCAGAUCUAUCCACUGACCAACUGCUGUUUGAAAUUGUUACAACAUACAUGAUUCAUGGUCCAUGUGGUACUCUUAAUAGUUCAUCACCUUGCAUGGCUGAUGGAAAAUGUACUGAAAAUUUCCCUAAAGAUUUUACCAAUAAUACGGUCACAAAUGUCGACGGAUACCCAAUAUAUCGUCGAAGAAAUCCUGAAAAUGGCGGACAAUCAUUUAUUAAAAAUAUCAUCAACACAGACAUUGAUAUUGACAAUCGUUGGGUGGUGCCAUAUUCGCCUCUGCUGAGCAAGACAUAUAAUGCUCAUAUUAAUGUUGAGUUCUGCAGUUCUGUGAAGAGCAUCAAAUACAUUUGCAAGUAUGUCCAUAAAGGCAGUGAUAUGGCUGUGUUUAGAGUGGAAAAUACUAAUGUGAAAGCUCCUCCAGUGAAUAAAAACGAUGAAAUAACGCUCUACCAAAUUGGUCGGUACAUCAGCUCCAAUUUAGCUGCUUGGCGUAUCUUUGGUUUUCCAAUUCAUGAACGGGAUCCAGCAGUUGUUCAGUUAGCCAUCCAUCUUGAAAACGGUCAGCGUGUAUUUUUCACGAACGAGACAGCGAUUGAUCGUGCAAUAAAUCCACCUAAAACUACACUCACUUCAUUUUUUGAAUUGUGUAAUCGUGCGGAUGAUUUUGGUGCCUUUGCACGAACAUUACUCUAUUCACAAGUACCACUCUAUUUCACAUGGACUCAAACAAAAACAUGGAUGCCCCGCAAGCAAGGCUCACCAGUUGCUGCAUAUAUACGUAAAGUGAAUGGGCAACAAUAUCCAACGUAUAAAGAUGCAUGCCUUGCACUCGGCUUGCUGGAAGACGACAACCAGUGGAAAUGCAUGCUUGCUGAAGCUGCAUUAAACUGUACAGCAAUACAAAUUCGUCUACUAUUCGCUAUAGUGUUGACUACAUGUUUCCCAGCCCGAGCACAGAUAUUAUGGGAAAAUCACAAAGAUUCAAUGACUGAUGAUAUAUUGCAUCAACAUCGUAUACGGUGCCACGAUCUAACCAUAACAUUCAGCGACGAAAUGUACAAUGAAGCAUUGAUUGCUAUUGAGGAUCUUUGCAUUGUCAUUGCCAACUUACCACUUAGUAAUUUCGGUAUGAAUUCGCCAAAUCGAACUGCAUCUGAUUUAAUGAAUACUGAAAUGAAUCGUGAACUGCAGUACAGUACUGUAGAAAUGGCAGCAAUUGUUGCCCGCAAUGUCCCACUAAUGAAUGAGGAACAAAGAACCAUUUAUGAUCGCAUUAUGCUCGCAGUUUUAGCUGGACAAGGUGGGUUCUUCUUUUUGGAUGCACCGGGUGGAACUGGCAAAACAUUCGUUAUUUCGCUAAUUCUUGCUGAAAUACGAUCAAAUAAUGGCAUCGCAUUGGCCGUUGCAUCAUCGGGCAUUGCAGCAACUUUAUUGGAUGGAGGUAGAACAGCUCAUUCAGACAAUACGACGGGGCCAGAUAUGGGCCACGCUUGGUGCAAUGCUGUCUAUCUCUGGCCCAUGCUUGUAAACCCGCUUAGGCCCAGCCUUGGUAGAAGUCUGGAGUGA